AUGGAUGAAGACGGUGUUGCUUUGGUACUCGCUCGAGCCUCAGAGCUUCAUUCGAAGAUCACCAAUUGCAUUCAGAAUGCUUCAUCAACACCAGACGAUGAUGCAGAAGAAGCCGAUAGCCUUUUGAACAUUCGCGAAUCUCUCGAGGCUCAAUUGUCUUCUUUGCAGGUUGAUUUGUUACUAUUCGUGGUCCAUAUUCUAGAGUUAUUUGAAAACACAAUUGAUUACGCCGAUGAAGAUUCAGGUCCGCCGCGGCGGCGAACAGAAGAGGAUGACGGAAUUGAUUAUUUGUCCGUUAGUGAGUGCGAGUCCUCACCAGAUGUUGAACGUGAAAGGAAAGCCGCCGGUGGAUUGUGGAUAUUCAGGCGAUGUAAGAGCUCCGGAAUUGAUGAAGCUUAUGAAACAAAUCUUCGAGUUGUAUGCAUCAAACAGAAAUUACAAACAUGCCAGACGUUUAGCGAUCAUGAGGGUCUUUCGCAACAAUCGUUGGUGAUACAGACACCAAAGUACCAUAAGCAAAAUCUGCUACCAGUGGUACGUUCUCCCGGGAUGGCUGAGCUCAAGAUCUCACUAGCUAAACCAGGUUUACGGUCUGAUGGAGUCUCGGUCUGGGAAUGGUCAGGCUCGGCCUUGGAUGAGGGAGAUGAGGCUGCUAAAUGGUUCACUGACUUCCUCGGGAAACCUAGCCGCUUGGUACGCUUUAAUGAAGAGUCAGAGACGUGACCCACUGGCGCUCAUUAUGCUACUGGAUUCAAUGUGAAAUUUCCAGAUGCUAUCCCCUACCUUUUAAUCUCCGAGGUGCAACCUUAACAAGAUAACUUACGAAGAGAGGAAACAAAAGCUUAUCGAGAGGUUGAAUGCUUUGAAUGAUGCUGCUGGAGCAAAUGAUGAUGACGAUUCAGACGAAGAUUGAUGAUUUUUGACUUUUGUUAGAUGUUUGUUAGUUUGUGGUUUAACCAUGUUAGAAGUAUGUUGAAUUCAAAACAAUUUUUGUAAUUGUUUUUGGUGAUUUUUCUUGUAAGCUUUUAGCAAAAAAAGCUGGAAUUUCCGGGGUU